UUAUGAAGCUAAUAGACUGACUAAUACAGUAUAGUAGUUCAGAUCAGAGUUCACUCCGACCACCAAUAGCAGUCGGAGCAGUCAUGACCGCCGACGUGAAGGCCGUCGUAACCUCCCCGGAGGAGGUUAGUAAGAUAGACAUGACCACAACGAUGAUGCAGCUUCCAUGCGAUGACGAGCUUGAUCACAUGAAAAUUUCCACCGGCGAACCUUUACCUAGAUGCGUAUUUGGUGGACCACCAACUCCGCAAGAGGCGAAAGCUGCUACGUCUGAACUCACGGACGUCCUACAAAGUUUUAUGAUCUGUAAUAAUGAACCAAGACUAACUGAAAUCAGUACAAACCAUGAUCGAAAAGAUGUUCUGCACAGGGUUGAACUUCUCGCAAAAACUCCCAAGUUUCAGUCUAUUGCUGCUUCAAUUGCUUGUGACCCCAUUGUUUACAAUGCUGUGAUGAAUAACCCCGAAGUCGCUGAAUUUAGGAAUCGUUGGCAGAAGAGAAAUACCGUUCCUUCUUUAGAGAUGAUAUCGUCUGCUAAUGAAAUUGCUGGUAAAUUGGACUUUAUCUACGAUGAGCCUGUGAAGAACUUGUCUCUCUUUUGGAGGUUAAGAGGUCGGGUCAUGGAUUUGGCUUGGAAUGUAAAAACUCGAGCUGUGGUGAUGGUGAGUGACUUAUCCAAAUAUGUAUACAACAAAUUGCAUACUUCUUCUUAUUCUGCUGCUGAUGUUGGUGUUGAUGAUCCAAGUGUUGAAUCUGGCUUUAUGGAUACCCAUGGUGGAACUUUAGUUAGGUUGGCUAUCAUUGUUAUUAUGAUAGUGGUCUUCAAGCGAAGAAUAUAAACCUGCCAUCCUUGUCUGCAGUUUAUUUCGAAUUUGUCAAAAAUUUCACUUCUCUAGUUACCUACAUAUUCUAUACCAUUCUGUGGUUGGAUGGUUUUCUCAUUUUGAUUUGAUCAAAGUGUAAUUUCAUGGAUGUUAAAUAAGCAGCUUUUCAUCAUUUGAAAUAAUAUUAAUGUUUGCUAUGUCUCUUCUA